AAAGCAAAUCUCACAACGCACUUAGACGACACUUCAUGUUGUUCGUGGGGUUUCUUUCCUUGAAAACACUUUUUCACAUUGGCCGAUCCAUCGGACUUUGUGUAUCACAUAUAUCGUUAUCAUUCAAGCUUGACCAGCUACCCAUGCUUCAUCACCAACUCCUGCAAGUGUCACCAAUCUCUGGCUACAUUCAUACAUAUAAUCGAAGACUAUUUGGAGAAGACUAUCACGCAAUUUCGAAGAGGAUUUGUGGUUCAUAGGGACAUUCAUGACUUGUGUAAGGCACACAUACUUAGUACUUGAGUAUUAAGAAACUACAACC